AUGAGAGACCCCCGACUCAACAACAACAACAACAACACCCCCAACAUGACCGUCAGCAACGAGGUCGUCCUGAGCAACCAGUUCAACUCGGAGGAGAACCCGUUCGCAGAGUACAUGUGGAUGGAGAACGAGGAGGAGUUCAACAGGCAGGUGGAGGAGGAGCUGUGGGAGGAGGAGUUUAUUGAGCGGUGCGUUCAGGAGCUUCUGGAGGAGGAGGAGCAGUGGGAGUGGUUCAUCCCGUCCAGAGACCUCCCCCCUCAGACCGGCACUCAGCUGCAGGACCAGAUCAGUGUGCUGGUUCUGGACGCCGACGCUGACUUCGACCUUGUGGUGAACAGCAGUCUGAACCCCAACGCCAAGGAGUUCAUCCCGGGGAUCCAGAAACACGUCAUGUGACCCGACCCGCAACCUGCCCCCCCCCCCAGUCCACACUGUGACAUCAUCACCAAGAUGUCUGCCGUAUUUUCCACUUCGACCUUCAACCUGACGUGUUGCCAAAGUUCUGCUCGCAUGUGUUCAGAGUCCACUUCCUGUUACUGCACCCGUCUGUCUGACCGUCUGUCUGUCUGUCUGACCAUCUGUCUGUCUGUCUGACCGUCUGUCUGUCUGAGGUCGCUCUCUGAAUGUAAAUCAGCUGAGAGUGUCUGCGUUCACUUUAUAUUCAGAACAAAGUGUUUCUGUUACGAUCCGCUCUGAACUUUAUUUGCACUUUUAUAAAACAGAUUUUAGUUCCAGUUUAGAUCCGGUCUGAUCCGGUUUGGAUCCAGUUUAAAUCCGGUCUGAUCCGGUUUGGAUCCAGUUUAGAUCUGGUCUGAUCUGGUUUGGAUCCAGUUUAGAUCCGGUCUGAUCCGGUUUGGAUCCAGUUUAGAUCCGGUCUGAUCCGGUUUGGAUCCAGUUUAAAUCCGGUCUGAUCCGGUUUGGAUCCAGUUUAGAUCUGGUCUGAUCUGGUUUGGAUCCAGUUUAAAUCCGGUCUGAUCCGGUCGUUUUGGUUCAGUCUCUCUGCUUUCCUCUGGUGUUUUCCCAGAAUCCUUUGUGUGUGGGUCCGAGCGGCCCUCAGAGCUGCUGCCUCAUUAACUGUUUGUGGUUUUUCUAAAUGAACAAAGUUCUGUAUAAAAAGUCAUAUAAAGAAAAAAGUUGUAAAAAAAAUAUCUAUUUUUUCUUAAAUCUAUUUGAAAAUAAAUGUUUAUGGAGAAAGCUUC